AUGAAAGCGGUGGUCUUGGGAUUCUUUGGAGUUAUCAUAAAUAUUUUGCAUGCAAAAGAGCCACCAGUCAAAUGUGAAUAUUCGGAAGAGAAGAAGGUGAACAAGUGUUUGCAGCCAAUGUUGGAUUAUGCGACAAAAUUGCAAGAGGAGACUGGAGCUGUGCAAUUUCCACUUCAAGGCGGCGCGGUUUUUGAUCAACUUUGUGCGAUUUAUGGGGAUUUUAAGGUGAUUUGGGGGUUUGGAACUUUUUUUGAGAAGUUCUGAAGGGGGUUCUCAUUUUAAAAUUAGACUGAAAAUUUUUCUAAAAAAUUUUGAGGUCUCUCAAGGAUUUCUCUCUCGAAAUGUCUAAAAAUAUUCCAGACUGCCACAAAUUUCUAGAGUCCUUAUAAAAUCGAGAGAUUUAGAAAUCUAGAAAAACUUCACAAAACUCAAAUUUGAGAAAUUAUUUUGUUAGAAGAUUCUAGAAUAUUUCCAUAAAAACUUUACAAAACUUAAAUUCAAGAAAUUAUUUUGUUAGAAAAAAAUCAACAUUUAUAAUUUCCAGAAAAAAUUUAUAGAAUUUGGUUUUUGAAUUUCCUACCACCUUCAAAAAAUGUGUUUUUUCAGACCUGCACUUCUGAAAUCCGAUGCGACUCUCUUUCAAUCGACGCAGUUCACGCUUCCUACAGUUUCAUGUGUGGAACAGGCCAACCACAAUUCCAAAAACACGCCGGAUGUUUUGCCGAAGUCGAAUCACAAAAUGAAUAUAUCAGUUGCAAGCACGCGGCAACUUUGGCAAUUUCAGAAGCGCAACAUGCAAAGGUUCUGCAUCUAUUCAUUUGCGAAAAAAACCGAAAAAAAUGUAUUUUUUUACAAUAUUUUUCUAUUCACCAAAAUGCACGAAAUAAAUGUCAAUCGUGACGAGACCCACACACAUUUCAAGGAGAAAAACAUGCGAGAAAAAAACAUGAAAUGAAAUUUUCGAAAGCAUGCAUUUUUCACACUCGUUGCCUUGAAAUGAGUGUGGGUCUCGUCACGAUUGCAUGUAUUUCGCGACAAUUUGUGAUUUUGGUGAAUAGAAAAAUAUUGUAAAAAAAUACAUUUUUUUCGUGUUUUUUUGCAAAUGAAUAGAUGCAUUCGUAUUUCUUUUCCUCCUCAACUAAAUUAUAGAAGGAUUUCCAGGCAACAUCAACUGAAGCAUAUCUAAAUGAUAUGUGUCACGCCAUGGAUGGUUAUCUCAAAUGUUCACAUCCAAUAAUUCUAUCAAAAUGCGGGGAAGACGCGUGGACUCUUGUUUCAACUGUCACUCGAGAUAGUCUUGGUGUGACUAUGCCGAAUUGUGAUAUGCAUUCGGCGCUUUUUUGA